AUGAAAGGAUUAACAGACUGCAACUUUAACAAAAAAGUAUACUGCACAGAAGAAUCAGCUAAAAUUUUGCCUCAUAUCGUAGUGCGGUACAAUAAGCAACCUAAAUAUCGACAUUUGCAGAAUUUAUUGAUACCCGUCAAGUACAAGCAAGUAGUGCGGUUGGAGACACCUGAAUACGGCACUUUAUCAUUUCAGUUCCUCCCUGCAAAUCACUGUAUUGGAUCAGCCAUGAUAUUGCUGGAAGGCGCAAAUGGCAGUGUUUUGUACACUGGUGAUACUCGAGCAGAGCCCCGUUUUUAUGAGGAGAACUUGAGUAUCAUUAGAAGAUAUCGCAUUCAAAACUUGUACAUGGAUACCACAUGCGUGAGAGAGAACGCCGAGAAGUUUAUCUCCAAGGUGAGUGUUUCAUCAGAACAUUUGGGAUCCAUUGACAAACACCAUCACAUCUACAUUGACUGCUGGACAUUUGGAUAUGAAGAGUGUUGGGCCGAGAUUUAUGACACCUUUAAGCAAAAAGUGCAUGUUUCCAAACUGAAAUACAACACAUACGUGGAAGCAGAUCCAAUCUACAAAGAAUACUUGACCACAGACCCAUCAACAACUCGUUUUCAUUCCUGCAAUUGGGACCUGAAUUGUAAGCCCUAUGAACACGGUUUGGUCGCAAUUCACUUUAAGCCAAACAUGGACGAUCAACCAAGACUCUAUAUUCCUUCAGAAAAGUCAAAUCAUCUACUAUCAACAGACUUGAGAUACGAUUGCAAGCCUCAAUCCAGACAUAUACUACCAUUUUCUUUUCAUUCGUCCUUGGAAGAGAUUAUAGGGUUUGUCAACUAUGUCAAUGCGAAAACGCUCACCAUGUGUGUAGCUCGUGGGGGCUAUACAGGCAUGGAUGAAAUGAGAAAGCUCUUGAUUAAACGAGGUUGCAAGCUGGGUGAAAUCAGUCAUUCAUCAGACUAUUCAUCAAACGGGAGCAGCACUGGUCAACAAAAGCGAAGAAGAACAUCAGGCUUAUCAUUUAAGAAGGUGAUGUCGAAUACAGCUGAAGAUCCAGAUGAGCAUACACCAGAUGGAAGUGGCUCUGGCAGUUCGUGGACAUCCAGAAAGACUGCGUCUCAACCUGUUGCCUCAAGCUCCAGACUAAACUCCACACGAGAAAAAGAAGAGCAAAAACCAUCCUCUCAUUCAUCUGUGCUAUCCAAAGCAGGCAGCAAGAGCCAGCUAAAAUCCAGUUCACAGCCUCAUUCAUGUCCUGCAGCCACACAGCCUUUGAUUGAUCGUACAAACUUACCCAAAAUAUCUGCUAAAGAAGGCACUGAGAAGGAAAUACACAGUGUCCAAGAAAGAGAACAUGUUGUCCAAGAGGUUGUCGAGACUGCUGCAUCUGUCACUGAAGAACACACAUCCAAUUUAGAGAGAUCCUUGUCCUGGGAGAUCAUCGCCAUUGUCCCCAACACACCUCCUCCACCUCCCUCUCCCAAACCCCAAGAUGAUGUGAUUGUAAUCAGUUCAGACGACGAAGAUACCAAACCAUUCAUGACAAGACUUGAAACGAGACGAUUUUUCAGAGCAUUGAGAAAGUGUCAUAUGAAAAACGACGAGUAUAUUGCAAAAGCUUGA